GAGGAAGCAGGGCACAGUAUCUGGUCUGUCUGUCUCCAACAAGACUGAACCAUUCAUCUGUCAGGUCAGUUAGCCUGCAGACAGACUCCAUCAUCUUCCAACUGCAUGCCUGAUUUCUGUAUGAAGCAGUCAACAUGAUGGAUAAAAUGGACACGCGCUUCACUCGAGGGAAAUCCAACAUCUUGGAGCGACCCCUGACCCGACCCAAGACUGAGGUCAGCGUGAGUGCUUUCGCCCUCCUCUUCUCAGAGAUGGUGCAGUACUGUCAGAGCCGCGUGUACUCUGUAUCUGAGCUGCAGACACGCCUAGCAGACAUGGGCCAGAGCGUGGGGGCCAGCAUGCUGGAUGUGCUGGUGCUGAGAGAGAAGAACGGGAAGAGGGAGACCAAAGUGCUCAACAUGCUGCUCUUCAUCAAGGUGAACGUCUGGAAGUCUUUGUUUGGGAAGGAGGCCGACAAGCUGGAGCAGGCCAACGACGACGACAAGACUUAUUACAUCAUUGAGAAGGAGCCGCUGAUCAACGCGUACAUCUCUGUGCCCAAAGAGAACAGCAGCCUGAACUGUGCUGCCUUCACGGCAGGCGUCGUGGAGGCCAUCCUCACGCACAGCGGCUUCCCCGCCAAAGUCACUGCCCAUUGGCACAAAGGCACCACGCUCAUGAUAAAGUUCAACGAGUCAGUCAUAGCCAGGGACAAGGCUCUGGAUGGAAGAUAAGGAAGCCUGCAGAGAGUGGGUGGAUGAAGAUAACCCAUCCAGGUCCAUUUUCCUCGUGGUGACUGGGUGACUUUAAUGGACGAUUGACUGCAUCAUACUGAGCCAUGUCUAGAGAGGAAAACACGCAGCUAGUCGGUUCAGUCUUCAUGUUUUUGUGGAUCAUCUCACUCCUGUUAUACCUCAUCAAGUGACACGACAUUGUUUACUGAAGAUCACUUUUGAUUUUUGCAAACAUAUUGCAUUAUACAUUUAGUACAUUUGAUUAUUUUCAUCAUUAUUCCUCUGAAACAUUUAAAUGAAAUAACUUUGAUAAUGUCACGUUGGGCUCUGGAAAAUCAGGAUGGCUUUUUUACACAGUUUUUAGACUUUUAUAGACUAACAAUGAAUCGAGAAGAUAAUUAAUAGAAUAUUUGGUAUUUAAAGUAUUUGUGAGGUUCAGGCGUCGCCUCAUAGGGUGAAAGUGAAUCUGAACAAACCACUUCAUGGAGGUCAGCUAAUUAGAGCACCCCUGCUUUGUACACAGACAUGCAAGAAGUAAAUAGACACCUUUAAUUUGAAUUAAGGUGUCUAUUUACUUCUUGCAUGUCUGUGUAUAGUGUUAAUAAAACUGGGUGCCACAGUACCUCAACACAAAGAAGGUCCAGACUCAUGAGAUCAUGUCUCUGCUUCAUUCCAGCUCAGCUCCAGCUGCAUGCUUCAUCUCUGUCACAUAGAUUCAGAAUGAGGACUGUGGCUGCUGUUGAUGACACUGAGGUCACAUGAGGCUUUUGAGUGAAUAUUUUAGUUUGACAUUUGAUGCAUUUGAUUAGUUUUAAGCCACCAAGUUAUCAGAUCAAUAAAAGAACAGCGUUAGAGCUUCAGGUCAGCCAUCAAGUCCAAUCAAAUCUAAAAAUCAAUCCAAAUGUUGUAAUGAAAUCCAAAACGUUUUGCUUUCUGGCUGGUGAGGAUGGGGACAUCCUGUAACAUGCAUUACCGUGUUUGAUAUUUUGAACUAUUAUCUCCAUAUUCCACAUUGUGGCAUGCAUUAGAAGAGAACACUUUGUGGUCUGGACCGCAAUUAUGAAGUGACAGCCAGUUAGCUUAGCUUAGCAUAAAGACUGGAAACAGGGGGAAACGGCUAGCAUGGC